AUGCCAGGGGACCCCCUGCCUGCACAAGCUCUGGGAGCCUGUGUCUCCUUCACUCUGUUCCCAGGAGCCCAGGACUGGGGAGGGAGGGGCCACCCCAAUCUCUCUGCAGCUGCUGAUGAACCAGGGGUGCCCCCUGCUGCCCUUAUGGGGUCUGGGGGGCAGAGCUGCAUCUCCCCUGCAGAGGGAGGUGAGGAAGCCCCCGGCGGGGACCUUCCAGGAGAACACGCUGGGGCAGCCGCUCCUGGACUCCUGCGCACGGCGGCCCUCAGUGCACCCAGCCUCCGGAGCAGCCAGCCCAGCAAGCUCGGGGGCGCCAGUGCACGGGACCUGCGCCCGGGGAGACGUGCUCAGGGCACCCUCCACUUAUCUGUGUGGAUCAUUACCACCUCUUGUCUGUACUAUUUUGGUCACAUUCAACAGGAGACCCCAGGGGUUUUGCUGGUGAUUCUGAAGCACCAGCAAGUCUUCAUCAUCACCAAAGACAUCCCACAAAGCAUCCCUCAAAAAGAUGAGCAGAGAGUUUUCUGA